AAAAUAAAAGCCACUUCCUGUCCUAAUGAAGUAACCGAUCGUGUUGUUCUGUUGUUGACCUUCCAACGAUAACCGCUAGGGAGCAGCAGAGCUCAAUUCCUGAAGGUCGCUGCACUUCCACCUGAAGCUAAAAAAAAUGCGGUAUUAAAGUCAAAUAAUGAACAAUAAUCACCAUAAAUCGCCACCGUAGAGCCUCGACCUCGGUUGACCGCGGCGUGUGCGUGUCGAGUGGGAGGGUCCGCGGCUGGCUGCGUGACAGUUUUUGUCCUACGCACGGCCCCGGCGCCACCACCGCCGCCGCGCUCAUUCCGCGAGCGGGUGGCUCGGUGACAGGAGCGUCAUGAUUCCCGGACACGCUCGCAACCUGCUCGCCGCCGUCACAUGGCUGCUGCUCCUCUCCAGAGCCUCGCCGCGGUCACACCGGCAGGAGGACGCCCGCUUCGGGGACAGUGAAGAUUGUUCGGAUAACAUCUCCACCACCAGGUACUCCUGCGUCAAGUCCAGUGGGGAAGUUGCAACAUGUUACAGAAAGCAGUGCUGCCGGGGCUUCAAGUUCGUGUUGGGCCAGUGCAUUCCUGAAGACUACGACGUGUGCGCCGGCGCUCCCUGCGAGCAGCAAUGUAGCGAUCACUUUGGCCGCGUGGUGUGCACCUGUUACCCCGGCUACCGUUACCACCGCGAGAGACACCGGAACCGCCAGAAGCCGUACUGCCUGGACAUCAAUGAAUGCGGUGACACCAACACGACGGCGUGCUCCCAACUCUGCAUCAACACGGUCGGGAGCUUCCGUUGCGAGUGCUAUCCAGGCUUCUUCCUGGAGGAAGAUGGGCGGACGUGCAGCAAAGAAAAGAGAGCGCUGCAUCAUGUCGUGGAGAAAUCUGACAACGUGAUGAACACGGGGACCUGCUCGGCCACGUGCGACGACUUCCAGCAGAUCAAGGCCACCGUUUUGCAGCUGAAACAGAAGAUGCUGUCAAGCAGUCCUGAUGUUCCAGAGCAGAGGACCGACGAGAAAAUCCCAGCUGCCUUUUUAACGGGACCACCAGGUCUGCCUGGUCCGCCAGGAGAUCCAGGACCAGCAGGAGAGCCAGGUCUUGUCGGACAACCGGGGCCACCGGGCCCUCCCGGACCAAGGGGCCUGAUGGGUCCCCUGGGGCCCACACCGGACUUGUCCCACAUCAAACGAGGCCCUCGCGGACCUGUGGGGCCGCUGGGAGCGCCGGGAAAAGACGGACAGCAGGGUGAGCGAGGAGCACCCGGGCCUGUUGGACCUCCAGGCCCUCCGGGCUCUUUUGACUUCCUGCUGCUGCUCAUGGCCGACAUCCGCAAUGACAUCGCCGACCUGCAGAUCAAGGUGUACGGCCGAGCGCCCCUCUACCCGGGCGAGGAGCUCCCCGCGACGCCCGGCGCCUGGCGAGACGGCCAGGAUGCGGGAUCGGGUGAGGACUUUCGAGAGACUCUGCCGCCACCGCCGCCGCCGCCGCACUCCAAGAGGAAGAGGAAGCUACCGCGAGGCACAACCAACAGCAAUGGAUUCUAAAUACUCAAUGUGAGGUGUACAUUUUUUUAAUAUUAUUUAAAUAUUAACAGAACGUAUCGUAUGCCUUUUGGGUCACAGAUAUUUAUUUUUCUAUGACAUAUAUAUGCAAGAUGAUGGUUAUUUUUGAUGACCCUCCCAGCACAUUGAAUUGAAAGAACUUUACUAUA